AUGUCUCUCACCAAAACCCGCUCGUCAGACUCGACGGCCAAGCCUGGCAUUCAUGCCAGCACGGCCGUAGACGUCGAGCUGCAGGCCGGCGCUGUCUCGACAGUGACGGGUCAUGCGGAUGAGCUCCGCCGCGAGUUCAGCGUGUGGUCGCUGGGUGCGCUGUUGGUGUGCUUGAUGGCCACCUGGGAGGCUCUCUCCAGCGUCGUCGCCCAGGCGCUGACGAACGGCGGAGCCCCGUGUCUAUUCUACAACUAUGUCAUUGCCUUCAUUGGAUCACUGUUAACGGCAGCGUCGAUGGCUGAGAUUGCAUCGAUAUAUCCGACUGCUGGAGGACAAUACCACUGGGUCGCUUCUCUCGCUCCCCCUCACACACGCCUUGUAGCGUCGUGGUUCACCGGCUGGAUCAACAUCGGCGGCCAGAUAGUGCUGACUGCUUCUGCCGCCUUCGCUGCUGGCCUGCAGUUCCAAGCCCUGAUCGUGCUCAAUGAUGCGUCUGGCACUUAUGUUCCACAGCGAUGGCAGGGCCUGAUGUUCUACUGGGCCAUCAUCGUAUACAGCACUCUCGUCAACAUCUUCGGCUCACGCAUCCUGCCGCAUACCAACACGUUGAGCGGCAUCGGGCACGUUGUCGGCUUCGUGGCGACGGUCGUCGUGCUCGGUGUCAUGGGCAUCGGGAAGGAUGGCGGGCACACUGCGAGCUACGUCUUCAAAGAGGUCGAAAACACCAGUGGGUGGUCGAACGAUGGAGUGAGCUGGAUGGUGGGCAUGCUGAGUGCGGUAUAUCCAUUCCUCGGCUACGACGCCGCCGCCCAUCUCGCCGAAGAGCUCCCCAACCCCUCCCGAUCAGUCCCGAUCGCCAUGGUCGGCUCCAUCAUCGUCAACGGCCUCAUGGGCCUGAUCUACUGCAUCGUCCUCCUCUUCGCGCUGGGCGACCUCUCCUCGCUCCUCUCCUCGCCCACCGGCUUCCCCUUCAUGCAGCUCUUCCUCAACGCCACCUCCAGCCGCGCGGGCGCCAGCAUCCUGGCCCUCUUCAUCUCGCUCAUCGCCGUCGCCGCCAACGCCGCCGGCACCACCUCCACCUCCCGCACCGCCUGGGCCUUCGCCCGCGACCGCGCCGCCCCCUGCAGCGCCUACUUCUCGCACGUCGACCCCCGCUCGCAGGUCCCCGCCCGCAUGGUGCUGUGCACCGCCGCCCUGCAGGCGCUGCUCGGCCUCGUGUAUCUCGGCAGCGCGACCGCCUUCAACGCCGUCCUGUCGAUGGCUAUCCUCGGCAUGUACGCGAGCUACAUCCUGCCCGUCGCGUACAUGCUCGUCUACGGCCGCCGCGCCGAUAGCCCCGCGAAAGUCGCUGCCGAGGCUGGCCACGCUGCUUUCAGCCUCGGUCGCUGGGGCGCCUGGAUCAACGCUGCGGCCGUCGCGUGGCUCGCCGUCGCCAUGGUGUUUAGCAUGUUCCCGAGCGUGCAGCCCGUGUCGCCGCAGAAUAUGAAUUACAGCGUCGUCGUGCUGGGCGGGUGGGUUGCGUUUGGCGCGGUGUAUUAUUUUGGGUGGGCGAGGAGGUGGUAUGAGGGGCCUGUUGUUGAUGUGUUGUAUUGA